AUGAAUGCCGCUUCAGGCACCACCGCUGUCGGUAGCGAUUCCUGGAUCGGAGCCGACGCCACCCAGUCAGACGAUGCAUUCCAUCAACGAGCUGCAUGGUUUGUUGCUGUGGUCAAAUGGGAUGCUCUCCUCUCCCUUUCGUCACAUAUUCGCAGUGGAAUUCCAUGCAAAGUCAGCCAUGAAUUCUCCGUCGGUCACUUCAACAUGGUACGGCGCAUCGUCUUCGACGACCAAGUCAGCUGGGCCGUCAGGCUCAGAAUGCCACCCAUCGCCGACGUGCCUGCUGACAGAGAGGCUGCGAGCGUUGCGAGAAUCAUGCAAGUGGAGGUAGCGGGCAUGAAGUUUCUCAAGGCCAAGACCGACAUUCCCGUACCCGAGGUUCACUCCUACAACACCGAGCAGGACAAUAUUGUGGGCGCUCCAUAUAUUUUGAUGGAUUACAUACACGGCAACGUGGCGUCCGAGAUGCGGCUGGCAAAAGACUGUGCCCUCGGCCUCUACGGCACUCCGGAACAAGACCGGAGCUUCAGGCGGGAAAUGGCCAUGAUCCAAGCCGUCCUCGCGACCUUCACGUUCGACCAAAUCGGAAGCCUGUACCAAGGCCCCGCCACGGAGGAAUUCUUCGUUGGCCCGGAUAUCGAGACGGAUAAGGGCCCUUGGUCAAACUCGUCGGAUUACUAUGCCGACGUGGCCCAACACUCGCUUCAAGUAUGCGUCAACAACGCAGCGCCGGAAGUCCUGACUAGUGCGUCCUUCACGCUCCCAGUCAUCUUCACCGACUUGAUGGAGUUCUGCGGCGGCAGCGACGGCAAUUCCAGUAACGGUCCUGCCGCCCCUUUCUGUCUCACAAACAGAGACCUUGGCCCUCACAACCUUCUUGUUGAUGAAGAGUUUCAUAUCGUUGGGGUCAUCGACUUGGACGGCAUCAUGGCUGCCCCGUACGAGGUUGCGGCUCAGUUUCCUUUGUUUGCGGGACUGGACCCAGAGCCGCCUGGCCAUUUUGAAACCAAGCCGAUGGCCCUUGAACGCAUCAAGAGGACGGAACCCUUGAUCAGGGAGUACAACGGCAUGGUCAAGGAAAUCGAGGAAGGCGCCAACUCACCAGGGCAAAAAAUCUGGAAUAUCAUGCUCUCGAAUGGUGCUCGAGUUGUUCAGGGCCUGAGCCAAUACAAAGGGCAUCAGAAGUUUGUCAAUGACAAAUGGAUGGAUGCAUAUGCUCGGCUUCUUACUGAGCAUUUCAAUUCCACUGCUCGCACCUCUUCCGCAAACUAA